UUUAUAUAAACUGCAACAUAUGUAGAUAGAUGAGAGAGAGAGCAGUGAGCAAUCGCAGGGAGAAAAUGGAGGAAGCAAAGGGACCUGUGAAGCACGUUCUGCUUGCUAAGUUCAAAGAUGACGUCACUCCAGAGAAGAUCGAUGAACUUAUCAAAGGUUACGCUAAUCUCGUCAAUCUCAUCGAACCUAUGAAAGCUUUCCACUGGGGAAAAGAUGUGAGCAUAGAGAAUCUGCAUCAAGGUUUCACACACAUCUUUGAAUCCACGUUUGAGAGCAAAGAAGCUGUAGCUGAGUACGUUGCUCAUCCUAUUCACGUUGAGUUCGCCACCAUGUUCCUUGGCAGCUUGGAUAAAGUGUUGGUCAUAGACUACAAGCCUACCUCUGUUUAAAUUCGUCUUCUUUGUGUGAUCUUUGUUUGUAAUAAAGUAUGUUCCUUUUGAUGUAUUUGACAUUGGUUAAUUUGUCUGCCUUCUUACAAUGUUUCUGUCAAUCUCUUUAUUUUUCUUUGUAUCAGACAAUGUGUGUAAAAGAUCAUUAGUGUUUUGCUUGUUUUCUUUUA